UGAAAUUCAUUAUUUGGCCACACUCUGGUGGCAAAGUAAUCGCAGUAGCUCGAGUUUUGUAAUAAUAUUUAAGAAUUUUAGACUAAAUAAACAUAAAAGAAGAUGUCUUUCUUGGCGCAAAGCGUGCGUCAAGUGCUUCGCCACACAACACAACAUGUCUCAUUGAAUGGUGCAAUGCGUGCUCUGAGCAUUUCGCCGGCACUACUGCAACAAAACAAACCUGCGCCAUCUACGAUUGAUGUAUCAGCUAUUGCCAAGGAACAUUCAAAGGCGAUUCAAUCCGUUUGCGAAAAAAUUAAUCAACAAGUAGCUAAAUCGGAGCAGGGCCGCCUUUUUGCUGUAGUGCAUUUGUGUGGUAAACAAUUCAAAAUAACUCCCGGCGACAUCAUACUGGUCGAAGGCUAUUGGCCUCCAACGAUAGGCGAUGAGAUCAGCUUGGAUAAGGUGCUUUUGGCUGGCGCACGUGAUUUCACGCUGAUUGGACGUCCCAUUCUCGAACCGGGAUUGGUCACAGUGAAGGCUACCAUCAUCGAGAAGACCCUUACACACACGAAAACCCACUUUAAAAAAAAGCGAAGGAAGCAGUACAUGCGUAUUAACUUCCAACGCUCUCCAAACACCAUGAUUCGCAUCAAUUCUAUUGAGUUGACUCGUCCAGUUGAACACAAUGCUGCGGAUGCUCCGCCUUCCCUGCGUUUAUUCUAGUUUUUUGCUUUAAUCUGUUGAUUUAAAAUACAUGUGUACAUGAAGUUCGUACAAAAUGA